UAGUCUAUAGUCCACGAUCAAUGCACCAGCUUGUUUAUAUAAACGCUCGGUCAUCGCCUCUUCUCCUCCUCGCUGUCUCAUCUUUAGAUUUUCUUAGGCUCUCUUCUCUUCGACGCAGCCAUGUCUCUGCUCUCAGAUCUCGUCAACCUCAACCUCUCGGAGACCACGGACAAGAUCAUAGCCGAGUACAUAUGGAUUGGAGGAUCCGGAAUGGAUAUCCGAAGCAAAGCGAGGACUCUGCCGGGGCCUGUCACUGAUCCCAGCAAGCUCCCAAAGUGGAACUAUGAUGGUUCAAGCACAGGUCAAGCUCCUGGUGAGGAUAGUGAAGUCAUACUAUAUCCUCAAGCCAUUUUCAAGGAUCCAUUUAGGAGGGGGAACAAUAUUCUUGUCAUGUGCGAUUGUUAUACCCCAGCAGGCGAGCCGAUCCCUACAAACAAAAGAUUUAAUGCUGCUAAGAUAUUUAGCCAUCCUGAUGUUGCUGCUGAGGAAACUUGGUAUGGAAUAGAGCAGGAGUAUACCCUGCUGCAGAAAGAUGUCCAAUGGCCCCUUGGGUGGCCUGUGGGUGGCUACCCUGGUCCUCAGGGUCCCUACUAUUGUGCUGCAGGUGCAGACAAAGCUUUUGGGCGUGAUAUCGUUGACUCCCACUACAAAGCUUGUCUGUAUGCAGGGAUCAACAUCAGUGGUAUCAAUGGUGAAGUUAUGCCAGGCCAGUGGGAAUUCCAAGUUGGCCCUGCUGUUGGCAUAUCUGCUGGUGAUGAAUUGUGGGUUGCUCGCUACAUACUGGAGAGGAUCACUGAGAUUGCAGGCGUGGUUCUCUCCUUCGACCCUAAGCCGAUCCAGGGUGAUUGGAAUGGUGCUGGUGCUCACACAAACUACAGUACCAAAUCCAUGAGAAGUCAUGGCGGGUACGAAAUCAUAAAGAAAGCUAUUGAAAAGCUUGGCUUGAGGCACAAGGAGCACAUUUCUGCUUAUGGAGAAGGGAACGAGCGCCGCCUCACCGGACGGCAUGAGACUGCUGACAUCAACACCUUCGUAUGGGGAGUUGCAAACCGUGGUGCAUCCAUUCGAGUAGGCCGUGAGACUGAGAAGAAUGGCAAAGGUUAUUUCGAGGAUCGGAGGCCAGCAUCAAACAUGGAUCCCUAUGUUGUCACUUCCAUGAUUGCUGAGACUACCAUCCUCUGGAAGCCAUGAGUUUUGGGAUCUUCCACAUAUUGUGUCUGUGGGAUCUGAUUUCCGAGGCUUUGCAUUGCAUUGGGAAGUCUCAUCUCUUCAUCUGUGGUCUUGAUUGGCUUUCUGGUUGUGUUAGGAGUCCAAGGGUGAGUCCUUGUCCUGUUGGAAUUUAGUAGUCAGGCAGGUGGGCAUAUCUGUAACUGAUUGUUUCCACCUGCCUUUUGAUUUCACUGUAUCCCAAUAACAGCAGUAAUAAAUUUAGAGUAAUAUUGGGACAUACUAUUUCCCCAAAGGCUUGUAGUCCUAUUUGAGUGGUUGCAUUUCUGUUCUUUCAUUAUUGCACCAUUUUAUUUGAAUAAGCAAUUAUAUUUGAUC